GCUACUGAACACCACAAUUGUUCAAGACCCCAAUAUGAAAGUGUUAUUUGUUCUAGCAGCCUUGUUGGCAGCAGUGACUGCUUUGUCCAUUGAGGAGCGCAUCAAUGGCGAGAAUGGCUGGUUCAUCCCCAAAAUCGAUGGCAGCUUCGAGUGGAUGGAUCUGUCCGAUGCCGAGGAGCUGCUCUCCCACGGCGAGCAGAUGGAAGGCCGUAUCAGCACCAACGCAGUCAACUUCUACCUCUACACCAGGUCCAACCCCACUGAUGGUAAGGAAAUCAAGUCCAAGGCAUCCUCCAUCGACGAUUCCCACUUCAACAAGGACCAUGGCACCCGUUUCGUCAUCCACGGCUGGACCCAAGGCGCCAAUGACGACAUGAACACCCGCAUCACCAAGGCCUGGCUGUCCCGCGGAGACUACAACGUGAUUGUUGUGGACUGGGCUCGCGCCCGUUCCGUGGACUACGCUUCCUCUGUGCUGGCUGUUUCCGGAGCAGGCGGCAAGGUCGGAGACAUGAUCAAUUACCUGCACGAGCAUCACGGCAUGUCUCUGGACAGCCUGGAGGUCAUCGGACACAGUCUGGGAGCCCACGUUGCUGGCUACGCCGGCAAGAAAGUUGGCGAGGGUCGUGUCCACACCAUUGUGGGUCUUGACCCUGCCCUUCCCCUCUUCAGCUACGAUAAGCCCAACAAGCGUCUCUCCAGCGAUGAUGCCCACUAUGUGGAGUCCAUCCAGACCAACGGCGGCAAGCUGGGAUUCCUGAAGCCCAUCGGCAAGGGCGCCUUCUACCCCAACGGCGGCAAGUCCCAGCCAGGAUGUGGUGUGGAUGUCACUGGCUCGUGCUCCCACGGCCGCUCAGUUCUGUAUUACGCUGAGGCCAUCACCGAGGACAACUUCGGAACCCACAAGUGCCACGACUACGAGGCAGCCGUCUCCAAGGAGUGCGGCAGCACCUACAGCAGCGUCCGCAUGGGUGCCGAGAGCAACGCCUACAUGGUCGAUGGUGACUUCUAUGUGCCCGUGAACAGCAAGGCUCCAUUCGGUAAAAUCGAAUAGAGAUCUGUGUUUUCUCACAGCAACAGCAGCAAGAGCAAGGCUCCAUUCGGUGUGACCGAAUCAAGACCUGUGCUCAGCCACUUUAACUCAAUAAAUUGUUAAAAAUUUGCAAACCAAAA